AUGACUGUCCGAAGUCAGUUCAAGCAGUCCCUCUCUCUCCCUGCCCUCCGCUCAUAUCUCGCCGAGUUCCUUUCCACCUUUAUCUUCGUCUUCGCCGCCGUCGGCUCCACCAUCUCUGCCCGAAUGCUAUCUCCGAACGUGACAUCGGAGGCGUCGUCCCUGGUUGCGACGGCAGUGGCGCAAGGCUUCGCGCUCUUCGCAACGGUGUAUAUCGCCGCCCACCCCUCCGGCGGCCACGUAAACCCCGCCGUCACCUUCGGCUUCGCCGUCGCCGGCCACGUCAGCGUCCCGACCGCCAUCUUCUACUGGAUCUCUCAGUUGGUGGGCUCCACCCUCGCCUGCCUCGUCCUCCGUGUCGCCUCCGCAGGCCAGGCGAUUCCGACGACGGGGAUAGCCACGGAGAUGACAGGAUUAGGAGGGGCAAUUUUGGAAAGCGUGACGACGUUCGCCCUGGUGUACACCGUGUACGUGGCCUCCGACCAGAGGGGGAACAGGACGUCCGCCGGUUCGGCAGUGGGGCCCCUGGCGGUUGGAAUGGUGGCGGGCGCGUGCGUCCUGGCGACCGGCUCGCUCACGGGCGGCUCCAUGAAUCCGGCCCGGUCCUUCGGACCGGCCGUCAUCAGUGGGGACUUCAAGAACCACGGGGUCUACUGGGUGGGCCCUCUGAUCGGUGCGGCCCUGGCCGCGCUGGUCCACCAGAAUCUCGUGUACCCGUCUCUCUCUUCUGCUUCUGAUUCCGGGCACGAAGAAGCCGUAGUGGUUUGAGAGGGCGUUUUUCCUGCAACUAUUUUUUUAAUUUUUUUGUACUCAGUUUGAUAUACAUGUAAUUGUAAUUUCCCACCAGGUAUUUUUUCCUUGGCUUAAUUCAAAUUAAUAUUGCUUAG